CCCCUCCAAAAAUUGCGACAGGUCGAGGGGGGAGGGGCACAUAUUGCUGAUUAAAACAGCGUGCCGUCCGAGAAUACCGAAAGAGACGGGACGGAGUCCAGUCUACCCGUCGAAGAUACAGAAACCCCAUACUCCUGCCAGCCUAUUCAUUCAUUUCAUUCAGUCCUCCAUUCAUUUCGUAUACAGCAUACCGCACCCACCAUGACGGUCCUCGAUCUUCCCACCCACUUCGACAGACCGGUGCAUAUCGCCGUGAUAGGCGGCACGGGCCUGUCCAACCUCCCCGGCUACACGCCCGUGGCGGCUCUGACGCCGACGACGCCAUGGGGCACGCCGUCCUCGCCGAUUCUGAUCCUCGAACACUCGGGCGUUCCCGUGGCCUUCCUGGCGCGCCACGGCCUGCACCACCAGCUGGCGCCGCACGAGGUGCCCGCGCGCGCCAACAUCGCGGCGUUGCGCUCCAUCGGCGUGCGCACCGUGAUCGCCUUCUCGGCGGUCGGCUCGCUGCAGGAGCAGAUCAAGCCGAUGGACUUUGUCGUCCCCGACCAGAUCAUCGACCGGACCAAGGGGGUGCGGCCGUUCACCUUCUUCGAGGGCGGGGUGGUGGGCCACGUCGGGUUCGCGGACCCGUUCGACGCCGGGCUGGCGAAGGUGGUGCAGCGGUGCGCGGCCGCGAUGAAGGGCGAGGGCGUGACGCUGCACAGCGGCGGCACGGUCGUCUGCAUGGAGGGCCCGCAGUUCAGCACGCGGGCCGAGAGCAACAUGUACCGGGCGUGGGGCGGGAGCGUGAUCAACAUGAGUGCGCUGCCAGAGGCGAAGUUGGCGAGGGAGGCGGAACUGGCGUACCAGAUGAUCUGCAUGGCGACGGAUUACGACUGCUGGCACACGACGGAGGAUGUGGAUGUGGCGAUGGUGAUGAAGUACAUGGCGGCGAACAGCGAGAACGCCAAGCAUCUCGUAGGUGCGGUGCUGGAUGAGCUGUGCAAGCACGAGAAUAGCGAGCUGGUCCUGGCGAAGCAUUGGGAAGGAAGUGCUCAGGGGGCAGUCAAGUUCAUGACCAAGCCGGCCGGGCGGGACCCCGAGGCGAUGAAGAGGGUGGAGUACCUGUUCCCUGGGUUCUGGAAUGAAUAG